CCGAAACACAGCACAGAGGAGGCGCUCCGGUGAAGUUGUGCCCCGGGUCGCAGGCGAGUUUUGCGCGCACGGGAAGGACCACGGAGACGGCGCAGAGCCGGAUCGUACGGCCGCUGCUUUGGAAGUACCGCUGGUGCGAACAGAGAGCCCGCAGCUGCACGACAUGAAAUCUCUGCGAAGUGGACGAUUGUAAUUAAAAAGUCACUGCUGCUGGCAGAGAAGAGGCACUUUUUUGCUUUUCAAUUGGACCAUUGUCUUCAGGCAGCUGCUCUUUCAAUGUGGGAUACAGUUUUGGUGCUUUCGCCAGGCUGAAAUCCUCCAGGGUCAGGACCUCCCUCAUGGCAGCCUUGCUCCUUGGGCUGCUGCUUUUUGCAAUGCAGUCUCCCCCCGUCCCCUCCAGGCCCGUGGCUGACGAGGGGCCACCUUCGCCGCCAACCUCAUCGCCCACCGACAAUGGGACCACCAGCCACCCGAACGGGACCCUCCAACAACUCCCUCAGAUUCUAAUUAUUGGCGUGAGGAAGGGGGGGACGCGGGCGCUGAUAGAGAUGCUCAGUCUGCACAGUGCGGUGGCAGCGGCCCAGAACGAGGUGCACUUCUUUGACUGGGAGAGUCACUUUCAGAAGGGCCUGCCUUGGUAUCUCAGCCAGAUGCCGUACGCCUUCCCCGACCAGCUGACGGUAGAGAAGACGCCGGCCUACUUCACUUCCAGCAAAGUUCCCAAACGCAUCCAUCAGAUGAACCCUGACAUCAAGCUGCUGCUCAUCCUCAGAGACCCCACAGAACGGGUGCUGUCGGACUACACCCAGGUCUUUUACAACCGUCUCCAGAAACACAAGCGCUACCAGCCCAUCGAGUCCGUUCUGGUGAAGGAUGGCGAGAUCAACCUGGGAUACAAGGCAUUCAAUCGCAGCCUGUACUAUGUUCACAUGCAGAACUGGCUGAAAUACUUCCCACUGGAGAGCAUUCACGUUGUUGACGGGGACGAGUUGAUCAGGGACCCCUUCCCCGAGAUGAAAAAGGUGGAGAGAUUCCUAAAGCUGGAACCGCAAAUAAACGCCUCAAAUUUUUACUUCAAUAAAACAAAAGGAUUCUACUGUUUGAGAGACCACGGGCGAGAACGGUGUUUACAUGAUUCAAAAGGCAGGGCUCACCCUCACGUGGCGCCGGCCAUCCUGCAAAAACUCUACCAGUUCUUUCACGAACCCAACAAGAAGUUCUUUGAGCUGGUGGGUCGAACAUUCAACUGGAAAUGAACGUUUGAGCCUCAGUAGUCCGCUGUAGAGUUGCCUGGGGAUAGUCCCCAUGAGCUGUUCUGUUUUCCUCACUAACGAUGUAGAUGAAGAGACAAAGCUAAUGUAAAUUUAAACUAAGUCUAUUUUUGUACCAGGACAUUUGUUACAGGAGUAUGAUGGAGCCAAAUAUCAGGGCAGACUACAGUUCAUGACAUGCUCUGCUAGUGCUUGUCUUGUUUGUUCCUUUUCAUGGUCAGACAUAUGCAUUUUACUGUCUCUCACUACUGUUCAGCCCGUCUGAUCAACGCAGAUGACUUAUUAUGACUUGUAAUGACAUUCAGAUUUUAAACUCUGCUGGUUAAUGUGUUUCGUAAAGAUAAUUACAAGGCAGUUUAAUAUUGUCAUAGCUCCAUGUUUCGCUUCAUAUAAUAUGAAAUUAUCAACACCUAACUGCAUUUAGAGCUCUGAAGGACCGUUACCUGCUGCUAUGAUUUUUCUCAGUCACUUUCAAGCACAAGCCGUACCGAAUAUCUAUUUGUUCCUUUUGUUGCUCAGAUGUUUCUUUAUGUAAGAGUCGGUUAUAUAAAUGCUCUGUGCACAUCACACAUUUGCCAAUCAUUACGGUGUACUGUAAAUAAUUUUUUCAAAAAGUGAAGAAUUAAUACCAUAAUAAAGAUGUAUUUUAUUUUUA